CUAAAAAUGAAAAUGACAGAUGGUCAUAUCGUACGAUUGACAAAAACAAUACUCUCUGGACGAUAGAACAUGUAACUUUAAACAGAACAGAUCUCUAAGAUAGGAUUAGGUGACAAUGAGUGCCCUGACAAUUCUAGCUGAAGAAUGUGAGCUUCUGAAUGAUUCCAAAUACAGAUCUUACAUCAGUCAGGUGGAGAAGGCACUGAAGAGCUUCGAGUACACCAGUGAGUGGGCAGAUCUCAUCUCUGCCUUGGGCAAACUUAACAAGGUACUAGUGGGUCACACUAAAUACCCAGUCAUUCCAAAGAGGGUGACCAUAGGAAAGAGGCUUGCACAAUGUCUUCAUCCUGCACUGCCCAGCGGUGUCCAUCUCAAGGCCUUGGAAACUUACGACAUCAUUUUCAAAUGUAUAGGAACUCGGAGAUUAGCACAGGACCUGUUUAUAUACAGUGCAGGGUUAUUUCCCCUGCUGGGACAUGCUGCUAUGGGGGUAAAGCCUGUGUUACUGACCUUGUAUGAGCGACACUUUGUGGCCCUGAAAAAGGAUAUCAAGCCCGGGUUAAAUGGUCUUUUGCUGGGGCUACUGCCCGGGCUUGAGGAAGGAUCAGAACUUCUUGAUAGAACUAUCUUACUGCUGGAGGAUUUUUGUUCAGCUGCGGGGCCUGAGUAUUUUUACACCUGUCUUUGGGAGUGUGUUAAGUCCUGCCCCAGUGUUCGCCUCCCUGCCAUUACCUAUCUACUGUACCACUAUAACAAGAAACAAACCAUGGAGGACCAGCUCUUUAUGAUGGGACUCAAUAUUGAUCUCAUGGUGGAAGCAUUAUGUGGUGCUAUACAGGACUCUAAUGUCUUGGUACAGCGCAGUCUCCUAGACUUCAUGAUGCUAGCCUUUCCAAUGCAUAAUGCUCAGCUUACAAAAUCCGACAUGUCCAAAAUUGUCCUAGCUGUCGUAAACGUUGUCCUGCGGAGAGACAUGUCACUCAAUCGCCGACUUUACUCCUGGCUACUAGGAUCCAAUGUCACAAACAUGGCUUCUCUGAACAUUCCUCCCGAGUUCUCCAAACACCAGCAGUCCGGGGACAGUAUCUCGACGUCCAGUGAGACAGACCUGGGCUACUUCUACACCUUCUCCAAGGAGCUGCUGAUACAGGCGUUAAAACAGAAGCUGGCCGUUACUGAGGAGGAGGAGGGGGAGGGGCGGGAGGGGACAAAACUGGGGGUCCUUAGGCCAUUCAGGAUCCUGAUGAGUUUACUAGACAAACCGGAGAUAGGUCCAGUAAUCCUUGAGAGUGUUCUCCUAUCUGUGUUCCGGUGUCUGUACAGGGAGAGUGGGAGUUACUCCAGGAAAAAACAGGAGAAGAAAGAGGGGACCAUGUCCACCAAAUCAGGAAGACUGGAGGAGGAGAGAGAGGAACGGACUCACAAUGAGCUCAUCAAGACCUGUAACCUGCUGUUUGGGGCCUUCGAGCCCUACUUCAUCUGGGACUAUGUGGCUCGAAUGUUUGAGGCAUCCUGUCAGAAGUGUGUGAGUUCUAGGAAGAUCCGCCGUACAAACUCAGUACAGGAGAGCGAUAUACCGGCCCUCCCUGAGCUGUGUACACUCGUGGAGUAUCUACUGGAUGUUAUCUCAUUGGAGACAUUUUUGGAGACCCAGACCGACCACUUGCCAGAUUUACUGUUCAGAAUCACCAACACCAUGACGCUGUACUGCACCGACAUCAGCGAGGGGGAUAUGUCAUGUACCAUACAGCUCUGCUCAAAAUUACUCUCCAAAGUACAGCCCCCAAUGAAUGCUAUAGAUAAUAAGCUUGAUGAAUCUGAGAUUGUAUCAGAAUUCCCUGGUGAGGUAAACCUGCAGGACAUCCAGAGGUUACAGGGGACACUAAAGACAGACAAUGACGUGAAGGAGAAUGGAGAGAUAAAUGAUGGGGAACAGGGAGAAGACCCACAGACAGACCAACAAAGUGAAAACAAAGAGGCUAAUAGAGAAACACUGGAGGAUAGUACAGUACAGGACGCUGACCAAUCAACAGGAGGUCAGCAGGGACCUCGCCAUUGGACCGUGAAGCGUCAGGGGUCACGGUACCCUCUUAACAUGAUGCAGGCGUGUGUGGAAUGUUAUCAGAACUUCUUCCACGUUUACACAACGAAGAAGAUCUUACAAAGUGAGGAGAUUUCUCGUCAGUGUCUUGAGGGACUGGUGCUUCCUCAGGAGGCAGUGAGGAGUGAGGAGACAGAUUCGGUGUUAGAUACUGCCUCGGAUUACAGCUAUGAGGAUAGUUUUCCUUCAGGUGUUGACCAAUCAAAUCGUCCAAAGCUAGUCACUGUGGACUCGUUAACAGAGGACGUGGUUACUACGUUUAAAAAUGCCUGUAAACUUUUGUCAGAGUUUUCCAACUUUCCGAUUUAUUGUACAGAUUUUCAGAAAGCAAUGAAAAGGUCACAAAGUAAUGCUGAAGGAGAAGAGCUGCCCCCAUGGCUACAGGAUCUGAUCACCUGUAAUGUUGCCAUAGAGAACUUUGAGAUUCAGAGCGCGACCAUCAGCAUUAUCCUGGAACUGAUUCAGCUGACACGCUCCGUCGGUUCUGAUGACACUGAUCACUCAACUGUAGAUCAUUCUCCAACAGGAGGCACUGUGUCCGUGAUGAUUUUACCAGCACUGCUUCCAAAACAUCUCAAGUAUCUCAACAACAACACAGUCUUCUAUAAGGUAUUAGCCGAGAUUUUGUGGGGAUUUUUGGACAGUUCCUCCCCGCAGUAUCACCAGCAGGCUGUCAGGAUGUUCUACCUCCUUCAUCAAGUCGCCCCGUCAUCCUGGGUGUGUGAGGACGUGAUUGGUCGAUAUUUUGUCUCGGACAAUGAGGUGGUGAAGAUUGAGGCCUUUAAGAGAUUUGCCGUCCUGUGGCAUUUGACCAGGAACAUCAGAGACAUUUCUACCCCCACUGGAUCUCAUAGGAAGUUUGACAGGUCAAUGUUUGUAGUACUGGACAGUUUGAGGGAGGAGAACAGUACAGUGAAGGCUGUGGCUACCACCUGGCUGACCCAUCUCCUUCAGCGGGGGGACAUAGGGAGGGUGCUGGACCCUAUACUUCACAUGUUACUGCACCCUGAUACCGCCAGGAUAUCCAUUCAGCAUGUUAACAUCCACACACCUCGUAAAGUUCAUUUAUCAGAAUCAUCUGAGGAGGGAUCAGAAGCCCAGAUCUAUGCCAUCAGCAGUGAGGGAGGGAACAUCAUCUACCAUGUGUCUAACGAGGGUCGUAAAAUCACGGGGAGAAAUGCAGAGAACCUGAAGCAGCUAGCCCUAGUAAUGGGGGAACAUGGAUCCACUUCACUAACCCCACAUGAAGAAGAACUGCACUUCGAUCGAGUCAGACCCGAUGAUUUAAAUCUACAGAUAAAUCCAUGGGGAUCCGAGAACUCGUUGGAUAAGUUUGACGGAUUUGAUCAUUCAACUCCCACUCAGGCUAAUCUUACCACUGCCAAAAGGUUGGAUAAAGAAACUUGUGUUAAGGAAGGUAUCUUUUUUGGUGAUGAAGGUGAGGAAAUUAAAGAUGAGGAUAAGGGAGAUAACCCACAAUCACAAGUGAAGGGAGAUAAUCCAACUUCACAGGAAAUAGUUGAAUGGGUGCUGGACUGGAUCUUGAAUCAAGUGAUGGAACAAACCAAUGCAGAACAGAACAAACAGAAAGCUCUGGAGAGAACAGCAAGUGUGACAAGUAGUGAAGUACAGGACCAUGAUAUUCUGAACAGUAUAGAGAGGAGAGGUCUGGAUAUAGACUCUCCCACAGGAAGUGAGCUGGAUAUGUCCAAAGCCACUCAGAGGGAGGACAGGGUCAACACAGACAUACACACUCUACACAUGCACAUGCUUCUGUACACACAAAAGUAUGAUGGUAAAAGGACAUUGUAUGCCCUGGAAAUGCUAAAGUCCAUGUUGGCUGCCUGUCCAAGGCUUAUUGUGACAGCAUUAGUUACUACCAGUAUUAGCUCAGUCCGAACACGACAACUGGCCAAAUUACAAACUCUAUUGGCCAGGCACAGAAAGUCUAUUUUUGGGAAGAACUUCUUUGGAGACCUUCCUUCAGAAGUGUUAUCUAGUUAUAGAAGUAAUAUGUUCAUAGAAAUAAUGAUAUCUGUGUGUUUGUACUUUAUCCGAAGUUAUUUUCCAAAUUUAAUGAUGAGUAAGUUGUCCACAGAGGAACUGAAUUGUAACAAAGAGGUUCAAAUCGUAGCCACUGAGGUCCUGUCUUGUCUUUUGUCUGAGUUAAUUACCAUCAUGAAGGAGAGUGGGAAGAGUCUUAUGUCAUACAUCAAAGACCUACUGGGUAGAUGUAAACUUCAGAAAGCUAUUCUAUACUCUUGUCUGGCCUCUGUCUAUAACUGCAGAAAGAAGAGUGCCGGUGGGAGUUCAUCUAAUAUCACAGAAGCCAUUAUUCAAUUUAACGAGGAGAAUCUUGACCCAUCUUCCAAUGAAACAUUCCAAAUAAAGUUACUCAGUUUGCUACUGGUAAUGAUUAUGCUAGAACACAAUGCCCAGAAAACCCAAAGUGAAAGUGAAAAUACUGCUCCACAACCCCAGGAGUGGGAAAAACAAAAAGUGAAUUUUCACCAAUCACUGAUGAAUGUUAAAUUCACUGUUGGACAGCCUGUAGUUCAGCAACAAAUGUUGCUUUCAUGUGUUCUCAGUGCCUUAAAACAGCAACAUAUGGCUCACAUGCACAGACACUGGGUGGCUAUGGUAACCUCCAGUCUGCCCUAUAUGGGUAAAUCCUUGUGCAGUAUUGUGCUGACUGUGACAUCACAGCUGUGUAGGAAUUUAGAGAUUCUGUCUGUACAGUACAGUCCUGAGGAACAGAACUCUCAGCAGAGUGAUGUCCAGAGUUAUCUCCCCGUGGACCACAUUGUAACUAUCCUGGAGGGACUGACUACCCUGUGUCACUACUGUCUGCUGGACAAUGUGGCUCCUGUGUCUGUAGGGCUACAGUCCCCCUCCAGCACCACCGUCACCAUGGAGAGCAGCAGUGCGGGGCAGAUCCUGAACAAUCUGAUCAGUGUCUUCAACCCUUCCCCAAACAGCAGGGAGGUAAGCCCAGCCCGUGAUUUGUCCCCGGCUCCGGUGAGGGAGGCUCGUAACGGUCUACUGAGUAUCAUGCCGCGUAUCAUUGCCUGUAUGGCCUCACUAUGGAGAGCUGUCAAUGUGGACGAGGACUCAAGCAAAGUACAGGAGAGUAACACAUGGAUCAUGGGGAGACCAAAGGUAAUUCGACAGUGUGUGCUGAAUUUCUUGAGCCCGCUUUCUUUACCCCAUGGGGCUCACCUUCUGGGGGCUGUGGGUGUGGCUUGGAAUGAUCGUCGGAAGAAAGGGUCACCUUCAAACAAGAAGAGCACUGCUUGUGAGGAUCAGCUCUUGUUGGUGGACUUGAUAAGUGCAAUAAAAGUUCUACCUACUGACACACUGGUACAGACAAUAAACAAAGUGUUAAGACAACCACCACAAACUGAGAUUAGCAAAAGCAAGAAGAGUAUUCCUUUGGAGGUGAACAUGCUGCAGUUCUUUUAUUCCUAUGUACAGCAGACUCCGGUGACCCAGUUAAUGGACUCCUGGGGGUUUCUACUGACUUUAUUGAGGGACGGGAUGCAGCUUAACCUGUCCCCUCCUGGAAAAUUUCUCUUAUUACAGAUCCUAUGUGAGUUUGUACAGAAGAUCCCUCAGAUAGAGGAGAAAAAGAACCAGAAGGAGUUACAGGAGCUGGCCCAGCGUCUCCUGGAGAUGAUCGGACUCAUCGCGGGGUCUUCACUGGAGCAGACGACGUGGCUCAGGAGAAAUCUGGCAGUCAAACAUACACAGCAGAUAGCAGGAUCAGAGAUUGAUGACGAGUCAGAGACAGACCAGGAGAUGAUAGAGAGAAAGGUGGCAGAUCCUAAACAGAUCAGUGUCCUGGAUUCUAAAUAUAGUGUACAGGCCUUGACCCUGCUGGCAGAGGUGACGGCCCCUUUGUUGGAUGUUAUUUAUAGCAGUGAUGAAAAGGACAAAGUAGCACCUUUCUUGUCCACCAUAUUGUACAAUGUCUUCCCAUAUCUCAGGAAUCACAGUAUACCCAACAUUCCCAGUUUCCGGGCCUGUUCCCAGAUCCUGUCUUCAGUCAGCGGGUACCAGUACACACGGAAAGCCUGGAGGAAGGAGGCGUUCGAGCUCCUGAUGGAGCCCUGCUUCUUCCAGAUGGAUGUCCGAUGUAUUGGGUACUGGCGGUCAGUCGUGGACAACCUGAUGACCCACGAUAAAACAACAUUUAAAGAUCUCAUGAAAAUGAUUUCUGAUGGAGGCCAGAUAUUUCCAAAAUUGAUUGGUCGAGUAACAUUCAACCAGUCUGGUUCACUGAACCUGUUCAGUUCUAAGGAGCAGGAAUUAGAACAGCGAGCUCAGAUGUUAAAGAGGCUGGCCUUCACUAUCUUCUGUAGUGAGCCUGACCAGUAUCAGAAAUCCAUGCCAGACAUACAAGAGCGUUUGGCGGAGUCCCUGCGGGUGCCUCACCAGGCCCCCUCCAUUAUGGCCCAGGUGUUCCUGUGUGUCAGGGUCCUGAUUCUGAGGAUGUCCUCCCACCAGCUGACCUCCCUGUGGCCCACGGUCAUCACCGAGAUGGUUCAUGUCUUCAUGCAGAUAGAGCAGGAACUGUCAAAUGAUACAGAUGAAUUUAACGUGUUUUUACGCAGCAAGAGCAGGACUCAGAUUGCUAGGAUCGCAGCCCUGGACUCGAGCUGGGCUCACCUCGGGAACGGAUUGAAUGCCCACAACAACCCUGCCUGGCUACAGCUGUAUCUGAGUGUGUGUAAACUACUGGACCUGGCCCUAGCUCUCCCAGCAGAUGUAGUCCCACAGUUCCAACUUUACCGCUGGGCCUUCAUCGGUGGGGUCGCUGCUGGGAAUGAUAAUGGCGACAGUGAUGGGGAUGAGGAAGAGGAGCAGAAAGAGGAGAAAAAGAAGAAAAAAAAAAGGAGACCCAAGUUUGUCCCCCACAUCAUCCGCCUCACCAAGCUGAUUAAUGACAGGGUUGGAGGAGCUACCCCCAUUAUGAAGCAAACUCAAGGGAGACCACUUCUGACUCAGUCCUACUUGAAAUCCCUGACAGAGUUACAGCCCUUCUUUAACACCCUCUGUCAUUCUGGAGCCUCCGAGAGUGAAUACACAAUGGCAGGCAAGAAAUCCAGCAAACAGGUGACCCAUAAUGGUGUAGAUCAAGGUCAUAAGAAGGGGAUUCCCAAGUCAAAGUCUACUCCUGCCAAAAUGGAUAAACUCCAGCGGUCAGACGUCCAGCUGACCCAGCAGCAGAGAAGUAACAGACAGAUUAUAGAGGAACUCGUGGAGAGGGAUUUCCUGGAGCCCUGCCCUCUACGCUAGGUCAAAGUCAUGCUGCAGGGGUCACAUGGAAGAAGCUGGUCCCCUUGACCAGUCAAAGAGAGGCAAGGGUAUGAGGGACAGAGAGGAUUUAUCAUGAACAUUUCCCAGUGUGCUAAAUGAAGGGCUGAGCAAAGGAUGUUGGGAGGGGUUGGUGGGAGAGGAGUUGAAGAACAAUACUUCCAAUGUUAAAAUUUUUUUUGGUUCUGUGAAUCAUGAAUAAAAAUUUAGACACUAGUGAAUUUAAAUGUUCUCGGUGAAGGAACAUGAUAAAAUUACUAUAAAUGGAAAUAAUAGCUUUACAGUGCUUGUCAUGGUGAAAUAAAUUCACUUUGCUAUUUAGAUUUGAACUCCAUUAAAUAAAGCUUUCUCUGUUUUGAAAACUAUUUUUUUUUUAAACAAAACUAUAUUGAGUAAUGAAAAGUUUAUUUCAUUUACAUGUGCAUGUUCAGCUUUACGUCUAGUCAUUUUAUGUUAUGUGCAAUUUAUUGUUUAAAGCUUUAUUUCUUUUAAAAUUUUGCAUGUUUUCAUGCUUUGAGGAUGACAAGUUCAACUCUGCAUGUCUAAGGAUUUUUGAUUUUGUGAAAUUGAUUUACAAUUAUGUUGUUGCAGACUUAUUUGAUUUGCUUAUACACAUAGUUCCAUUUAAAAUAAACAAAAUCUUAUUUUAUUUCUAAAAAUUCCAAAUGAAUUGAUUGUGUUUGUUUACAAGUGUGAUUAUAUAAAAUAUUUGUGUUCAUAAAUAUCCCAUUACUGUUUCUGUAAUAUAUUGUGAUAAAAAGUUCUAUUGUAAUGUUACAAAACUUUGUGCUAAAAAGGUAUAGACCUUAGAUAAGUUGUAUAUUAUUGUUAUUGAUAAGUUAUAUCUUAUUUGGAUGCAUAAGGAAUUAAUUUAAUAUAACAUAUUUCGUACCCACUUGAUUCCUAUAAAACAGGGUUCGACACUAACGCUAGCCCGCUGGCCCGGGCCGGGACAACUGAAUAUUGAGGUCG